AUGGCGCGGGCGCGGGCGGCGGGCGCGCGGGGCCGGCCCGGGCGCUGCGGGCUGGGCGGGCGCUGCGGGCGCCGCGCGCUGCUGGCCUGCGCCGCGUGGACCGCGGGCUGGGUGCUGGCGGCCGCGCUGCUGCUCCGCGCGCACCCGGGCGUCCCCUCCGAGCGCUGCACCGACGAGAAGAGCCGGCGCAUCCUGGCCGCGCUGUGCCAGGACUACCGGGGCGGCGCGCUGGGCGGAGACCUGUGCGAGGACCUGUGCGAGGCGGGGCAGCUGCGGUACCGGCGCUGCCUGUACUACGAGCGCGGCAAGAAGGUGCUGCAAGCCGACUGGCGCGGCCGGCCCGUGGUCCUCAAGUCCAAGGAGGAGGCCUUCUCCAGCUUCCCGCCGCUCGGCCUCCUGGACGGGCAGCCCGAGGCCGGCGGCCAGGACUUGCCGGAGGCUGAGCUGCUGGUGCUGGCGGCCGGGGAGGCCCGGAGCGCGCUGGGCCUGGAGCCGGCCGAGGGCGGCCUGGGCCGGCUGGGGCUGGCGCGGCGGGGCCCCCGGCGGCGGGGCCAGCUGGCCAGCCUGUGGGCGCUGCUGCGGCAGGAGGAGUUCGUGCUGCUCAGCCUGCUCCGCGGCCGCAGCCCGCAUGCCCCGCCCGUGCUGGGCUCCUGCGGCCACUUCUACGCCGUGGAGCACCUGGCGGCCGGCAGCCCCGGCCACCGCGCCCUCUUCCCGCUCGGCCCGGACGGCGGGCGCCGCGGCCAGGCGCGCGCGGUCAGCGGUGUGGCGCUCAGCUUCCUGGACAUGGUCCGCCACUUCGACCACGACUUCGCCCACCGCCUGCACCUCUGCGACGUCAAGCCCGAGAACUUCGCCAUCCGGAGCGACUUCACGGUGGUGGCUAUUGAUGUGGACAUGGCUUUUUUCGAACCUAAAAUGAGGGAAAUUCUCGAGCAGAACUGCACGAGGGAUGAAGACUGCAAUUUCUUUGAUUGUUUUUCAAAGUGUGAUCUGCGAGUACACAGGUGCGGGGCCCAGAGAGCCAACAGCAACCUGCAGGUGGUCUGCGACAAGAUCUUCCGCCACUGGUUCUCCUCGCCCCACGGCAGCUCUGCGGUGUCGGGCCCACUGCGGGGGCAGCUUCGGGCAGCAGUGCAGGAGUGCGCGGCCCCCAGCACCCAGGGCACGCCCCGCGUACUCGGGAGGCUGCGAAGCCUGCUCCAGGCUGUGCUGCGGGAUCUGCGGGAUGGCGAGGAGCCGCACCCCGGGGUGAGGAGCCGUCUGCGCGGGGACCCUCACCAUGGGACCCCCGGCACUGCUCGGAAGGCCCCAGCCGUCUUCGGCAAUCACCCCUUCGAGUGACAGGAGGGACGGGUCUGGCGCUGGGGUCUCCCCUGUGCGGGAGCAGGAGUGUCCACCAGGCCCUGCAGACCCCCAGUGCAACAGUGUGUACAGGAGUGUGCGCAUGCAUGUGCACGAGUGUGUGUGAGUGCAUGGCCGUGAGAGUUGUGCAGGUGUGUGGAUAUGUGUGAGUAGGUGAGUGUGAGCAGAUGAGUGUCUGGGGCAUGUGCUCCUCUGGGCGUGGAAGGCGCCGUCUCUGGUGGGUUCUGGAGUCCUGGGUCUCCUGAGCAGAGUCACCUUUGUUUUGGAAUUGAAAACAAUAAAAUACACAAGUCUGGGAGCUGUAGUCUG